AUGGGUUGUAAGGGUCAAAAGGUGAAAUAUGGUAUGCAAGCAAUUGUGUACUUCGCUUUGCCAGAAGAUGCAUACACAUUGCUUAACUGGUCACCAGGACCGCGGUGGCAGCAGCCCUGGAAAGAUAUCGCCUACGGAUUAAUUCGUGCUGUAGUAACACUCGCUGGCGGUUGCAUUCUAUUGGAAAUUGAACAGGGUUGGUGGCGCGUACUGCUAGUGUGGAGCGGUGGUCUGGUGGCAGCAUUUGGCGCGUUGAGUGCGGGCAUACUACAGCCAACAGUUUACAUGGUCAGCCACUCGGCUGGUAUUUGGGCACUACUUACUGCACAUAUACCUAAUAUCUCUCUAAAGAUUGGUAGCAUCCCGUGUUGGUGGGGUCGUAUUAUACUCGUGGUGGUGUUUCCUGUGGUUCAAGUUUGUUUGCCAUUGUGGCCAGAACUUUCACUGGAUGUAAAUUCCGAUGUGUGGUCAGCGCAUUUGACGGGGGCGAUGGUUGGCGUACCCUUAGGAUUUCUUAUUUUCAAAGGAACUGAAGACAACAAAUACAAGCUGCGCAACAUCUUCUUCCAAAUCAUAUCAGCUGCGGCACUCCUGGAGGCGGUGGUCUGUGUUAUUAUCUAUUAUAACUUCUAUGCAGACUCAACAACCAUUUAUACGGCAAAGAUCUAA